AUGCUGCCUUGCCAGCAUAUUUUCUGCACUCCCUGCAUUACACGGAUGACUCAACGCGACAAUUGCCCUGUGUGCCGCAAGCAUUUCCUGCCUCAUCAUGUUCGGUCAUGUUUGCUCCUCAACAACUUGCUUGAAUUAGCUUCUAAACAUCCGUCCCUCGCGGUCCCUCGGGAGCCAUCUCCGCCACCAGCGCCGCGUCCGGCAACUUCUGCAGCGGUCUUUGACGACCAGUACACGCUUUAUGACAGCGAAUACGAAGAUUACGACGAGGAUGUUUAUUCGGAUGAUGACGUGUAUUCAGACGAUUCAUACUUCCCGCUGGAGGACGAAUCAAUGGCUGAGUACUUCAUUCGUACACAGCUUAUGAGCUAUGACCAGUUCGUGCUUGACAACGAGCCUUACGUAUCUGAUGAUGAUUUCGUGCCCGCUACCACUGAAACUCCGCCACUCCGUUCUCCUGGCCAGCGAGGCCAACCCAACCAGUGUGAGUACAUGCAUCCAAAGAAGAACUGCCGCAACCCCCGUCCCUGCCGCUAUGGUGAUUCUUGUUGUUUUCUCCACCCAGAAGAUUUGGCCCGUCUUGGUAACGGGCGCAGCUAG